UUCACAACGAACACACUGUACCAACUCUGCCAUGACUCUUGUUUUAUUAUUUGCACUGGUGGUGGUAUCUAUCAAUGGUUUGCCAGUGCCAACUGCAACUCAAUCGGAGCCACCGACUACACUUGAUUGUGUGAAGUAUUCUGAAGACAUUGAUACCGAACAAUGUGCUUAUUGGGUAGGCAUUGGUGACUGUACUAAUCCAGAGUUUGUAGACUGGAUGAAGGAAAACUGUAGAAUAGCGUGUGGUUUUUGUCCAGUGCCGGCUUCUCAAACAAUUCGGCAGUUGUCUCCGCGGCAUCCACCGAUCAACUCCGUGGACCUUUCGGCUUGUCUUGAGGCCCAUAAUGCCAAGCGCCGCUUACAUGGUGUACCAGACCUCAAGUGGGACAGUGACUUGGCUGCUACGGCAACAAGUUGGGCUCAACGCCUUGCCAGUACAGACAAACUUGCCCACAGUAAGGGGAAUUAUGGUGAGAAUAUCUAUUUCUCUUGGGGAACUAACGAAGGGACAUGCGAGGAAGCCGUACAAAGUUGGUAUGACGAGAUUAAGGACUAUGAUUUCGAUAAUCCUGGAUUUAGUUCCCAAACUGGCCAUUUUACCCAGGUUGUCUGGAAAUCCUCCACCAAACUGGGAGUUGGCAAAGCUACAGCGGACGCUGGUGGUGGUUACAAAAAAACCUACAUCGUGGCGCAGUACACUCCCCCUGGAAAUUAUGAAGGUCAAUAUGCAGCUAAUGUAUUACCUAAAAACGGAGAGUGACGCGUGAAAUGAGGUCAUUUUCACGUUCACUGAUACUAUAUCACACUGAUAUAUGUUCAUUGUAAAGUUCUGUAGAUGUUUCUUUCAAUACGACCAAUAAUAAAACGUUUUGAAAAAGA